CUAGUUUCACUUUAUUGGGCGGGGCUAACCCAGUUGCGUCAUAACAUGGCGAUCGCACGUACGGCGUACUUACUUUAUCCAGUUUUUUUACGUAAUUAAUUACAUAUAAACUCCGAGAACUCAGAUAAAAUUAUUGUUACGUAAAAGCGUGGUUUUAUUUCUCCACGAAAUAACGCGGGUUUCCAUCGAGCGUCAACUCAACCGCCCCCACGCCACGGAGAGCUCACUCUGUGGGCUGGAAGCUUCCACGGAAGAACACAAGACCGAAGGAAUGGAAGUGGACUGCCAGCCUGAAGAUCCCAUGGUCUCCGCAUUCGAAGACGAAUGCAUAGCGCUUUGUGACGUGAAGGACAUGAGACUGGAGGCGGACGCCAUUGUCAACGAUGUCCUUUUCGCCGUGGCCCAAAUGCACGUGUCCAAAAACCUCAACAAUUCAUCAGAUGUGGCUUAUAUCAACGUGGAGACGAGAGAGAGCAACCGCUAUUGUCUGGAGCUCACAGAAGCGGGAUUGAGGGUGGUGGGCUACGCUUUCAACCAAGUAGACGAAGACCUGGGCACUCAGUACCACGAGACAGUUUACUCGCUUCUGGACACGCUGAGUCCUGGCUACAGGGAAGCCUUCGGGAACGCUUUGCUCCGGCGGCUCGAAAGUCUCAAGCAAAAUGGACAGUGACAGUAAAUCGAUCAUAGAAUGCCCACCUGUCGCUAUAAUAAGGGGAUUUGCCCUAUCAAUUUUGCUUUGUUCCUUAUCAUCCAAGGACUCCCAUGUUAGUUCAUUCCUGACUGGCUGCUUAAGCUCAAUUGCAACAUCCUGCUGUUGACAUAAUGUGGAAAAAUAUUCCAGCUUCACUCAGUACACAAGAAUACAUUUUUUUUUGUACUCCCCGCAAUGCAAAUCUGACUGACGCUGUGACCAGGUGACUGAUAUCUGUACAAGGGCCAAAGCGGAAUUUGCUCCCACGUUCCACAAAUACUUUGCCUUAAUGACCGUUUGGUUAGAAAAGUACAAAAUACCUCUUUUAUUGACUUUUAUGUCCCCAAGAUAGAAAAGGCAUGUCAAGUUGUAACCAACGUAGCUCUGCAAUUCAUCUACAGCACAAUGCAGUGAAUGGCAUUUUGGCUUUCAGUGUUAUCUUUGUAUUCCAUAUAUUUUUGGGGUGAGAAUACGUUUCAAAUAUUCAAGCACUAAAUUAGCUUGUUUCAUUUUCUUGCUGCUGGUUUUUGAGCUGACCAAUAAACGUUUCUCAAAUCAUGCGUUCACGU